CUCUCACUCAAGCUCAAGCAUCUCGCACCUAGCUCACACUCCUCGCUAAGCUCAAGCACCAAGCUCGACUGCUCCAUAAGGAAGCGCCGACCACUCUGCCGGUUGCCAUGGGCAUGGGCCUUGAGAUCUCGAGCUCCUUCCCUUCCUCUUCCAACGAGAACGCGUUGGUGGCCAAGCGCCCGGCGGGGCGCACCAAGUUCCGCGAGACGCGGCACCCGGUGUACCGCGGCGUGCGGCGCCGGGGCAACGCCCAACGGUGGGUCUGCGAGGUGCGCGUCCCUGGCAAGCGCGGCGCUCGGCUCUGGCUCGGGACGUACGCCACAGCCGAGAUCGCAGCGCGCGCCAACGACGCCGCCAUGCUCGCCCUGGGCGGCCGCUCCGCCGCGCGUCUCAACUUCCCGGACUCCGCGUGGCUGCUCGCCGUGCCGUCCGCGCACUCCGAUCUCGCCGACGUCCGGCGCGCGGCGGUCGAGGCCGUCGCGGAUUUGCAGCGACGGGAGGCUGCCGGUGGGUCCAUCACCGCCACCGCCACCGCCGAGGAGACCUCCUGUGGCGCUCCUGCGGAAUCCUCGUCUGAGUCUGACGAUGCCGGUUCGUCAGAGACGUCGAAACCUUCUGGCAAUGGAGACUUCGCGCUGCCGGGCGGAAUGGACGUCGAAAUGUUCAGUCGGCUUGACUUGUUCCCGGAAAUGGACUUCGGCUCGUACUACGCGAGCCUCGCGGAGGCGCUGCUGAUGGACCCGCCGCCGGUGGCGACCGGCACCGGGGCGUACUGGGAUAACGGAGAGUGCGGCGAGGGGGCAACUGAUUUCGCCCUCUGGAGCUAUUAGCAUAUUCUGCUUUGCUUUGACUCUGUAGUCUUUAUUUUUUCCUUCGCAAAGUUUUCCAAUUUCGGGAGAGGACUCUGUAGGCCAUAGCUAGCAAAUUGAAGCUGCUUGCAAUCGAGAAUUCAUUAUGAAACAGUUUUAUGCCACUGUUUAUACUCCGGUUCUUC